UUCGAGCCGCCGCCCGAGAGCCCGGACCGCCGCCUUAGGAGGAGUCACCGCUGUCGCCACCUCCGCCAUGGAGCUGAUCACCAUCCUCGAGAAGACCGUGUCUCCGGAUCGGCUGGAACUGGAAGCGGCCCAGAAGUUCCUGGAGCGUGCAGCCGUGGAGAACCUGCCCACUUUCCUUGUGGAACUGUCCAGAGUGCUGGCAAAUCCAGGAAACAGUCAGGUUGCCAGAGUUGCAGCUGGUCUACAAAUCAAGAACUCUUUGACAUCUAAAGAUCCAGAUAUCAAGGCACAAUAUCAGCAGAGGUGGCUUGCUAUUGAUGCUAAUGCUCGACGGGAAGUCAAGAAUUAUGUUUUGCAGACUUUGGGCACAGAAACUUACCGGCCUAGUUCUGCCUCGCAGUGUGUGGCUGGUAUUGCUUGUGCAGAGAUCCCAGUAAACCAGUGGCCAGAACUCAUUCCUCAGCUGGUGGCCAAUGUCACAAACCCCAACAGCACAGAACAUAUGAAAGAAUCAACAUUGGAAGCUAUUGGUUACAUUUGCCAAGAUAUAGACCCAGAGCAGCUACAGGAUAAAUCCAAUGAGAUUCUGACUGCCAUAAUCCAGGGGAUGAGGAAAGAAGAGCCUAGUAAUAAUGUGAAGCUAGCUGCUACUAAUGCACUCCUGAACUCAUUAGAGUUCACCAAAGCAAACUUUGAUAAAGAGAUCACAAUUGAAGCAAUGAAAAGUGACAUUGAUGAGGUGGCCCUACAAGGGAUAGAAUUCUGGUCCAAUGUCUGUGAUGAAGAAAUGGAUUUGGCCAUUGAGGCUUCGGAGGCAGCUGAACAAGGACGGCCCCCUGAGCACACCAGCAAGUUUUAUGCCAAGGGAGCACUACAGUACCUGGUUCCAAUCCUCACACAGACACUAACUAAGCAGGAUGAAAAUGAUGAUGAUGAUGACUGGAACCCUUGCAAAGCAGCAGGGGUGUGCCUCAUGCUUCUGGCCACCUGCUGUGAAGAUGACAUUGUCCCACAUGUCCUCCCCUUCAUUAAAGAACACAUCAAGAACCCAGAUUGGCGGUACCGGGAUGCCGCCGUAAUGGCUUUUGGCUGUAUCUUGGAAGGACCAGAGCCCAAUCAGCUCAAACCACUGGUUAUACAGGCUAUGCCCACCCUAAUAGAACUGAUGAAGGACCCCAGUGUAGUUGUUCGAGAUACAACUGCAUGGACUGUGGGCAGAAUUUGUGAACUGCUCCCUGAAGCUGCCAUCAAUGACGUCUACUUGGCUCCCUUGCUGCAGUGUCUGAUUGAGGGCCUCAGUGCUGAACCCAGAGUGGCUUCAAAUGUGUGCUGGGCUUUCUCCAGUCUGGCUGAAGCUGCUUACGAAGCUGCGGACGUAGCUGAUGAUCAGGAAGAACCAGCUACCUAUUGCCUAUCUUCUUCAUUCGAACUCAUUGUUCAGAAACUUUUGGAGACUACAGACAGACCUGAUGGACACCAGAACAACCUGAGGAGUUCUGCAUAUGAGUCUCUAAUGGAAAUUGUGAAAAACAGUGCCAAGGAUUGUUACCCUGCAGUUCAGAAAACUACUUUGGUCAUCAUGGAACGACUUCAACAGGUGCUUCAGAUGGAGUCACAUAUCCAGAGCACAUCUGAUAGGAUCCAGUUCAAUGACCUUCAGUCUUUACUUUGUGCAACUCUUCAGAAUGUUCUCCGGAAAGUGCAACAUCAAGAUGCUUUGCAGAUUUCCGAUGUGGUCAUGGCUUCCCUGUUAAGGAUGUUCCAAAGCACAGCUGGGUCUGGGGGCGUGCAGGAGGAUGCCCUGAUGGCAGUUAGCACACUGGUGGAAGUUUUGGGUGGUGAAUUCCUCAAGUACAUGGAGGCCUUUAAACCCUUCCUGGGUAUUGGAUUGAAAAAUUAUGCUGAGUACCAGGUUUGUUUGGCAGCUGUGGGCUUAGUGGGAGAUUUAUGCCGUGCCCUGCAAUCCAACAUCAUACCUUUCUGUGAUGAGGUGAUGCAGCUGCUACUCGAGAACUUGGGGAACGAGAAUGUCCACAGGUCUGUGAAGCCACAGAUUCUGUCAGUGUUUGGUGAUAUUGCUCUUGCUAUUGGUGGAGAGUUUAAAAAAUACCUAGAAGUUGUAUUGAAUACUCUUCAGCAGGCCUCCCAAGCCCAAGUGGAUAAGUCAGACUAUGACAUGGUGGAUUAUCUGAAUGAGCUAAGGGAAGGCUGCUUGGAAGCCUAUACCGGAAUCGUCCAAGGACUGAAGGGAGAUCAGGAGAACGUACACCCGGAUGUGAUGCUGGUACAGCCCAGAGUAGAAUUUAUUCUGUCUUUCAUUGACCACAUUGCUGGAGAUGAAGAUCAUACAGAUGGAGUAGUAGCUUGUGCUGCUGGACUGAUAGGGGAUUUAUGUACAGCAUUUGGGAAGGAUGUACUGAAAUUAGUAGAAGCUAGGCCAAUGAUCCAUGAACUGUUAACUGAAGGACGGAGAUCAAAGACUAACAAAGCAAAAACCCUUGCUACGUGGGCAACAAAAGAACUGAGGAAACUGAAGAACCAAGCUUGAUCUGUUACCAUUGGGAUGAUAACCUGAGACCCCCACUGGAAAUCUCCAAUCUUUUGAAAAACCUGGAAGUGAGGAGUGUGCACGGAUGCUGAAUGUUUGGGAAUGAGAGGAUGAGUGAGUGAGGCUUGAAAACACACCACAUUGAAAAUCCUGCCACAGCAGCAGCCGCAGCCGCCAACAGCAGCGCUGUUAGUGAGCUAAGUAAGCACUGACUUCGUAGGAAACCAUAACAUCGGCCAUCUUGGAAAAGAGAGAAACGAUGGAUUUACUUGCUUUUAAAAAAAAAAAAAAAAAAAAAAAAAGCUGUCUCUUCCCAGGAGAGGCUAGACUAGCUUUUCUGUCUUUUGGCCGGUGCAGAGUGGAAUGACUGGUUUGGGAGAGGAGUAGGGACUGGGUUCAGCUGUGGUGCUUUGUUGUAAAAGGCAGCCUGGCCUUUGCUACUGAGGAGAAAGAUGCAGCCUGGGUCUCAAGCCCACCUUCGCUGUACCUUUGCCACAUGGCACUGUAUACGUGCUGGCUAGAAGGAGGGUGAGGGAUUCUUACAGUCUGAGAAUGAGUGCGUGUGAGUGAGGCGGUAUCCACAUUCUCAACUUCGAGUCAUUGCAGUUUCUUUUUCCCAGAAAACAAGGGGUUAGAUGUUGCAUUUCAUAAAACUAACCGAAGUUCUGUCUACUGAUGCAGCACAAGAGAUGUGUUUAAAAAAAAAAAAAAAAAAAAGGAAAGACGCUUUUUAGGUUUUGUUUUUUUGUUUUUGUAAUUAUCCUAGGGAAAACACUGACGAAUGGUCAGAGCUCCUAUUGUGAUCUUUUCAUCAAGGCGCCUUUCCUAAUAAUAUGGUUCAACUGUGAAUGUAGAAGUUGGGGGGGAGGGGGGAGACAGAAAACUCUGGAGUUAGAGGAUAUAGAAAAAUAAAAAGUACAAUUGUUACAAAUAAAGAAUGCAGACUUCAAAAACAAAAAAGCCACAGCCCCAACAAACCAAAAUUUAAAUGCUCAGAAUUGGCAGCACAAAAGAAAAGCUCUCUCCUGACUUGUAUUGUGGCCGUCUGAACGCCCCCAGAAAAUUGUGCCAAAGAGUUUAGAAAACAGAAAAAUAAAAGUAAAUACACACACACACACAACAGCAAACUUCAGGUAACUAUUUUGGAUUGCAAAUGAGGAUAAACUUAAUGUUCAAACAAUCUGAUAAAAUAACCAUUUGGAAACUG